AGUGAGUGACUGCAUGCCUCGGUGCAUUGACUCCGGGGGAGGUAGACUGGGUUACUUUAGCUAUAUAACGGACGGUCAGUCGUUAGAGAGAGCGAAGAGUGCAGCAGGGGCAGCGCCGACCCCCUUCAUCUGCCCAAAGCAGCUCCAGAGACGUCCAUGAGGUCGGAAUAAUGAAAGGAGACAGGAUUUGUGCUCUUUUCGCCCUGACGUGGCUUUUCUACGUGGGAUCACACGGCCAGGAGGAGGCCAGGCUUCAGUGCGGUGACAAAAGUGUGUUCGACGUCGUAGAUUUUGCCCUUUUAGAGCACAAUAAAGACUUAACUGCUGGAAGUCAGCUGGCUCUGUAUCAAGUCCUGGGGGCUACGAAGGCCCAGAAUGAAACUGAUGAAAUCAUGUCAGUGCACUUCACAGCGAGGGAGUCCGACUGUCUAGCAGGCGGAGACAAAGUGUGGCACCAAUGUGACUACCUGCAGGACCACUCUAAGCCGCUCCGUAUCUGUCACACAAAGGUCCUGCUGAAAGAAACAAAUGAGCUCCUCUCACACGAGUGUUCAGUGGAGCCGCCUGUAAUUGCUGACCCGCGUCCGCCGUGUCUGGGCUGCCCCAUCGACAUCGACGUGGAGAGUGAGGAUAUCAGAGAGUCUCUGAGUUAUUCUCUCUCCAAAGCCAAUGUGGCGCACAACCACACGCACUUCUUCAUCCUCAACACCGUCGACUCGGCAACCAGGCAGGUGAUCGCCGGGUUCAGAUAUCGUCUACGGUUCGACAUGCUGAAGAGCAACUGCAGCAAAUCUGAAUUCAAAGAAGUGACCGAGGAAUGCCACGCAGACGAGAACGAAAAGACGUACAUCAACUGCAACUCCACUGUCGAUGUCGCCCCCUGGAGGCACGAGAUGCCAGAGACGCACGUGCAGUGUGCACCAGGCCUGUUACCGGGAACGAGGUUCGUGGUGAGGAGACGUCCUCCAGGCUGGUCUCCUUUGAGGAACAUCCACAACUUUGUAGCUGUGACUCCAACUAAGCCACCUAAGAAAGACGAUUCCUCAGAAGAAUCCCAGGAAGGCAAAGCGCCCACCGGUGCCCCCACAGCAGAAGACCAAAACCCAGCUCCGCCUACAGGUCCCCCGCCACCACCAAAGCCCCCCCGCCCGGACCCCCCAGCCAUCCCCACUGCUUCCACCAGCUGCCCCAGCAAACCCUGGAAGGCGUUCAACCCCAUCAUCGCCAGCCCUCCACGUCCACGUCCACCUCCACCUCCCCCCAAAAACAAAACAGAGAGGAGCCUCAGCAACGCAGAUCUGUUAGCGUGAGUGUGUAAUAAAGUCCUACGAGAUCUGAGACACGGAAUCUGUAGUUUUCCCUCCACGGUCCAUCGUCCAGCUUCAAAUUCCUUCUUCUGUUAUGGAAUACUGAAUAAAGUGUUGUUGUCA